GCUCCGACCCUGCCCAUGGACACCCUCUGGCACUACCAGUUCCGCCUUAUCCUUCUGGGCGAUUCCACAGUGGGCAAGUCCUCUCUGCUGCGACGUUACACGGAGGGUGUCUUUGUGGACUGUCUAGACCAGACGGUGGGGGUUGAUUUCUCCGUCCACUUUGUGGAAGUGGAACCUGGGGUCCAGGUGAAGCUACAGUUCUGGGACACGGCUGGCCAGGAGCGAUUCAGGUCAGUGACUCGGUCCUACUACCGGAACUCAGCAGGUGGCCUGCUGCUGUUUGAUGUCGCCAACCGAGCAUCCUUUGAGAACAUUCCCAAAUGGCACCAGGAGGCCAUGGAGAAAGUGAAACCCUUUGACAUCAUCUUCCUAGUGGUGGGGCACAAGAGUGACCUGGUGGCCGAGAGACAAGUCAGUCCUGAGGAAGGAGAGAACUUGGCCUCCUCGUUGGGGGCCCGCUAUGUGGAGACCUCAGCCAAAAGUGAUAGCAAUGUGGCCUUGGCCAUCCAGCUGCUCACCCAUGACAUCUAUGAGGCUGUGAAGAAGGGGACAAUGGGCCCAAGCACAGAGUGGGAUGGGGUGAAGAGUCGGGUACCAUCCUGCCCUGGGAGGCAAGAAACAAAGGACAGAGGUAUGGAAGAGUGGAAGUGUCCAUGCUGGUGA